CGCGACAGAAGACGGUGGGCGAAGGAGAAGAGAAGAAAGAAAGAAAAAAAAAAAGAGGGGGGACAUUUCUGGAUGCACAAAGAGGAUGAGAGCGCCACGGGAGCGUCCAUAGGAACUGCAGGGAGCCGUGGGUGCUUUUUGUGUGUGUCGGCAAAGGAACUGUGUGGAGAGAGAGAAGCGCUCUGAUACCACAUGAUCUGGAAUGGACCAACUAGAUCUGACCCUCAUUCACAUGCUGUCACACACCUGGACCUGGGGUACCACUGUGAGCCGCCGCUGACUCCUGGGACCCCCAACCCUCCCCAAUGAAGCAGUCCUGGUGGGCCCGCCUGGCACAGCUCGGCCUGCUUACUGUGUGGACCUGCAUAUGGCUGGUCCAGGGAUGCGGACCGGGCCCCGGGUACGGCAUCCGGUCCAGGCCCAGGAAGCUUACAGCCAUGCACUACAAGCAGUUUUUCCCCAACUUCUCAGAAAACAACCUUGGUGCCAGCGGGAGGGCAGAGGGCAAGAUCACACGCAACUCUGAUCGGUUCAAUGAACUCGUGUGCAACUAUAAUCCAGACAUUGUCUUCAAGGAUGAGGAGAACACCAACGCAGACCGCUUCAUGACCAAGCGCUGUAAGGACUGUUUGAACAGGCUGGCUAUCGCAGUGAUGAACCAGUGGCCAGGGGUGCACUUACGUGUGACAGAGGCCUGGGAUGAGGACGGCCACCACCCCAGCGGCUCUCUGCACUACGAAGGCCGGGCCGUAGAUAUAACCACUGAUGACAGAGAAACUGAGAAGUACGGUCUUCUGGCUCAGCUGGCUGUGGAGGCCGGCUUUGACUGGGUCCACUACGAGUCCAAAUAUCACAUCCACUGCUCGGUGAAAGCUGAUCACUCUGUUGCAGUGGAGAAAGGUGGCUGUUUCCCAGGCUGGGCCCGGGUGACUGUUGCUGGAGGGCUGCAGAAGAGCCUGUCGUCCCUGGCUCCCGGGGACAGAGUCAUGGCCCUGUCUGAGACAGGCCAAGUCGUGUUUAGCCAAGUCCUCUUGUUUCUACACCGGGACCAAGAAAGCAGGUCUACUUUCCUAUCUCUGGAGACAGAAGAAGGCCAUAGAUUGGCCCUUACUCCACAUCACUUGGUGUUUUUAUCUUGGCGUUGCAGACUCGACCGCAGUGAGUACCAGGCUCAGUUUGCCAGCAGAGCCAAAACUGGAGACUGUGUUCUCGUCCAUGCAGCAGCGGGUCAAGUACGUCCAUCUCGAAUCAUCUCAGUGUCAGUAGAGGAGAGUGUGGGAGUGUAUGCACCUUUGACAGAAGCUGGAACUGUGUUUGUUGAUGGGGUGCUGGCAUCCAGCUACGCUCUGCUGGAGGACCACAGGCUCGCACACUGGGCAUUUGGACCUGUGCGACUCCUCUACUCUUUCAACCAGCUGCUUUGGGGGGAGACGAGAAAAGAACAGCAGAGCACAGACAGUGAAACAGCUUGCACUAAGACUCCAUUUCAUUGUAGCACUUUGGCCACAGAGGACAAAGCAGGUGUGUGUGUGAAUAACGGCACUCUGAGGAUGGACGUGAAGCAGACAUCAGACGUGCACUGGUAUGCUCGAUUACUGUACAGCUUUGGAUGCAUCUUUUUAGACUCAUUUCAUCCUUAAAAAGUCUAAAACUUUGUUGCAAUGUUCAGUGUUACAGCUUUGAUACAUUUACACUAACGCUCCCUGUUCUUUCCUUCAAUAAAUUAAAAGCACUGCUUGCCUUCUUUUUUUCCUCCCACCUGUAACUGCAUUAUAAUCUAUCCUACUGAUAAACAUGCUAAUACUUUACUUUUUUAAAACUAUAUUUUGUAAGAGGGCUUGAUGAGACGAAUUGUCUGAAAUGGUUAAUGUAAAAAUUAUAAUAUGGGGUUGCUUUUGAUAAACAGAAUAAGUUUAAGAUCAAAAUGUUCCAAUCUGCAAUAAAAAUAAACCGAUUCGUCUUACUAAAACAUUGCAGUGUUGAUAGUUCUGAUCUCAAACCUAUUCUGUUUAAAUAAAUAAUUAAAAACACAAAAGUAAGCCCAUAUUGAUCAUUAAAAAAAAGUCUAUUUGUACAUCAUGUUAGUUCUUUUAAUUAUUUCAGUUAUAUAUGUAAAAAAAUAUAUAUUAUUCUAAUGGGAUAGGAAUGAAUUUUCCCACAAUAGAAUCUUUAUUUUUGUACUUUCUGAAUCAUAAUAUAUAAAUGUUUCAUUUUAUUAUAAUAAUUUCACGACAUGUAUUGUAUGUCCUCACAUGUUGUCAUGUUGUAAAACAAAUUAAAAUGUAAUUUUAUUAAACAACAAUGUACAUUUUGUCUAUUAA